AUGACGAACUGCUCCGAGCAGGAGGUGUGGGAGGGCCCCGAGAGGCUGGAGGUCGUAGGGGAACCUCCACAAUGUGAGCAGCACGGAGAGGGCGGCGAAGGAGCGCACUGGUCACCACAAUCCUCCCUCUCCCUCUCCCUCUCCCUCUCCCUCUCUCUCACCCUGGACAGGCAGCCCACCACCACACCACCCUCCCUCACCACCACACCACCCUCUCCCACCACUACACCACCCGACCCUACCACCACACGACCCAACCCCAACCCCAUCACCACACGACCCAUCCCCACCACCACACCACCCUCCCUCACCACCACACGACACUCCCACCACGUCUCCCACAGGCCGGCCUUCAAAGGAGUGGCCGCCGCCGCCGUGUUGACUGAGUGUGUCUGA